AUGCCUCUUUUUUCAAAUAUACUUUUGCUCGCAUUUGCUAACUUUAUAUUCUUUUCUUACCUCCUGUUUUUCCCGUUUUCUCUCUUUCUUCGUUUUUCUUCUCUUUCCUUUUCCAAGUCAAAUAUCUUCUAUUAUUCGUCUUCAUCUUAUCCUCUACAUACUAGUAAAGUAUUUUUUCAUUCUCUUUCUUUUUUCUCUCUCUUUCUCUCUUUUUCUUUCUACUUUUUAUUUCCUCACCUUGUUCACUCUUUUAUUUUAUCGCCAUCUUUUCCACUUGUCCCUCACUCCUUCCUCCUCACUCGCUUUCUUUCUCACAAUCUAAGCCUUUCUCUUGUCUUCUCUCUUCUUAUUACUUCACUUUCGUUCUCUCACCCUUACUUUCUUUCUUAUACCCUCUCUUUCUCUCUCUAUCUCUCUCUCUCUCUUUCUCUCACUGUUUCACUUAAGCUCUCUUAUUUUCUCCUCCUCGUCUCUUUCUUUGUAUGUGUAUAUCUUUCUGUUUUCUCUGUCUCCUUCUCUAUCCCUUAUCAUCAGCUCAUUUGUGUUUCUCUCUUCGUUUCUGUAACAUUCUCCCUCUUUUUCUCUUUCCUCUCCCGACCCUUUCUUUGUCUUUCUCUCUUCUUUGUACAUUCACCGCUCGCUUUCUCUUAA